CAGUGCGUCAAGUAGCAAGCUAAACAAUUCCAAAGGGACAACAACAUUCAGCUGCUCAAGAUCUCAAACCUCGCUCACCCCGCCACAUCUCUGCUCGGUUUCCCUCGUGAAUCUCAUCUUCCCGGACCAGAGCCGUCGGUGUCGACACUGCUGCCGUCGGCGUCGACGUUCUCGGAUUGCGUGGGCUCGUCGUACACCGAGCCCACCGGUGGCCGCGACAGUUUCAAUCAGCAGCUCCUCUGUCGCUCGUUAGCUCGUUUGGCUCGCGUCCGAGGACACGGGGAGACGUCUGCAGGUGAUCUGAAGACGAUCAGAGGCGGGAGAGGGAGCUCCGAGGGUGGCCAGAGGCGGGAGAGGGUGUGUUAAAGGCAGCCGGAGGCGGGAAAACUGCGUCAAGGAUAGCUAGAGGCGGGAGAGGGUGCUCUGAAGGCAAUCAGAGGCGUGGGUGGCUAUUCCGUCGGUGAGAGAUGGCAUGAAAGGCUGCAUCGGAAGUGAUCAAUGACGAGAAAAGAGAGUAUAAAUGGGAAAUGUUGAAUAACGAAUGAUAGGAGACGAUUUAACAAAAGAUGAGCAAGGAGAGACUGGGAAUGAUGGUUCGUAAGCGGGCGGAGGCGGGAACAUGAUCGAACCGAGCUGCUUUGAGGCUCAGCUGUCCUGAGUCAGGACUUGUGCCAGGGAUCUGCGCGACGUGUCUCCUCUGGUCUCAGAGGCACGCAUAUCGUCCGACGCGGCACGCCAACACCGCUGGGAACGCGCCGCUAAGCACUCCCACUGCGCCGCUGCCGCCGCCGCGUCGCACUCGUCGCACGCGUCGCAUUCGUCGCCGCGCCGCCGACGCCGCCGGCCGAGCCACCGUCGCCGUCGUCGUGGCCCCGUUCCUGGCGCAGGUCGGGUCAGACGGUCGCCGGUCGGGGUCGGUGCGGGGCGUGCUCGUGCGGGGUUCGGAGGGACGUGCUAUGGUAAAUGGUCAACAGGUGACUGACUGUGGUGAGGGUCUGUGUUGAGCUGAGUCUGAGGGAGACUCCGUGAACUAAAGCGGUGGACGGUCACCGGAGAUCAUAUCGGGACCGAAAUUGGCUCCUGUCAGACCUAAUAACUGAUUGUGUAGACUGGAGACAUAUUGGGGCCGAGGAGACGAAGGGUUGACAGAGACGGAGAAAGGAAGUCCCGUGUCCGUCAGAUAUAUCGAGCUGGACAGCGGCAGUGGUGGCUGAUGAACAGGAAUAACUUUUGUAAGACUUCUUACGACCCGUAACCUCCGCUGACGUACGAGUAUAGUGUCUGCUGGGAACGCCAAUACACCAAUCAAGUUCGUACACCAACCAAGGACAAUCCACAGCUGGAUCAUGGACUUCGACAACGCCACCGGCAUGACGACCAACAUGACCAGCACCCCCAACGUCACCGACCCGUUCUACCAGUACUCGGACGCUGCUAGCUUCCUGCAGAACACGGUCGGCCCCAAGUACCUGCCUCUUCAGGUGGUGCUGCCCAUCACCAUUGUCUACAUCAUCAUCUUCGUCACCGGGGUGGUUGGGAACGUGGCCGUGUGUCUGGUCAUCAUCCGAAACCCUGGCCUGCAGACAGCUACCAAUUACUACCUGUUCAGCCUGGCGGUGUCCGACCUGGCCGUUCUGGUGCUUGGGCUGCCAAACGACCUCAAGGUGUACUGGCAGCAGUACCCCUGGGGUCUGGGAGUUGCGCUGUGCAAGAUCAGAGCCCUCGUCUCAGAAAUGACCUCCUACGUGUCUGUGCUGAUAAUUGUGGCGUUCAGCCUGGAGCGCUACCUCGCCAUCUGCCAUCCGCUGCUCUCCUACACGAUGGCCGGCCUGAGAAGAGCCAUGCGGAUCAUCGCGGCCAUCUGGCUGAUAUCGCUGUGCGCCGCCGCGCCUUUCGCGUUCUAUACGGACGUGCACUACAUCGAAUUCCCUAGAGACUCUGGAAUCUUCCUGGAAACGAUAUGCGUGAUGCCCAACGAAUGGCCGCUGAUCUUCAGCUCGUUCGUCUUCUUCAUCGUGCCAAUGACGAGUUUAUUGUUCGUCUACCUCUGCAUCGGAGUGCAGAUCCGUCGGGCGGCCACCAUCGGAAACCACCUGGAAGGCACCGUCUCGGGCGGCGAGGCCCGGCAGCGCGGAAACAGGAAGGCCAUCCUCCGCAUGCUCGUGGCGGUUGUGAUCGGUUUUUUCGUCUGUUUCGCGCCCCACCACGCCCAGCGGCUGCUGUACAUUUACGGGAAGCAGCUGCCCAACUAUCGGGAGAUCAACGAGUACAUGUACUACAUCACCGGCUGCUUCUACUACUUCUCGGCCACCAUCAACCCCAUCCUGUACAACGUCAUGUCGGCCAAAUAUCGGCAGGCGUUCAAGGACACACUGUGCGGGAGACGCCGCCAGAGUUUCCACUACAGCACCAACCACUCGCUGCCGCCGGCGUCCCACCAGCUCAUCAACACCAACUCGACCAAGGAGACGCUGGUGGCCGGCCGCACGGCAGGCUCGCUGGGCUCUGCGCGCCGCGCCGCCAGCCGCAGCCCGCUACUGGUGAAGGACUCGGUCCCUUCACCAGCGCCGGCCCAGGCCGCUAAUGGACGUGCCCUGCUGCAGCCGCCGGCAGCGACAGCCGAGAGAACGGCGCUCACUGUGAACGGUUACACCUCCGAGACCAGAGUGUGAGCGUUGGCGGUGGGGAUAGAGUGCUGAGAUGAAGUCGGGGAAUGAGUGCGAGAAGUGCGUGUGAUGUAGCUGUUGAUCGAUUGUGGGAUGCGUCGUUUGGAGUUUAUAUUUAAAAGAAAACUUACGAAGAUCCGGGUGCAAAGCUCUCUGCCUGUGACAAACGAGCAAAUUACUGUGAACGGUCUAACAACCUGAUAUCUCGGGUCUAGGAUACACAAACAGUUGGUAAAUGGGAUUGCAUGUGACCUGAAAAGUAUAGUGGAAGCGAAACAGCCAUAUUGUGAGGAUUCACAGUCAAAGGUGAUGUAUUUAGCAACAUAUUACAUCCGUCUAAAUAUGAAUGCAUAUUGAAUUGUUUCGAACUUCAUAUGCAUAUGCAAAUGUUCGUCAAUAUUUAUGAACUCACAGUUAUACUGUAGCAUGACUAAUACUUGGAAGUUGUAAUAUGCAUCUUUUAGUUUGCGCAUUUAUGCUCAGACAUAUUGUUACGACACGUGCCCAGGAGGACAAGUAGAAGGAUUAUACCAUAUGAUCACAAAUGGCUUCAAGUUGUCAGACAAAGCGUCAAUAUCUAGACAACCGUAACCAUUGGUGACCGUAAGCGCUCAUUUAUGGUCUGCUCAAUGGACAACAAUUCAUUAGUGCGUGCGACUGAGUUUAAGGGGCAAUAAUUUGUUGAAAAAUUGGCUCUUCAAUGACAACAGCAAAUUGACACGUAAACUUUGUAAAGUGGAAAUGGCUGGACAGUAAACUAGCAGUAUAAAUUUCAUAGAAAUUUGCGUCAAAAUGUUCCCCGGGACCAGUUUUCUAUUGUCACAUUUCAAAUCGUACAUACAGUGAGGAUUCAUUAGAUUCAAAACCGGUAGAGUUCGAGUGCAAUGCUUUAGUUUUGGCGGCACUCUUCGUUUGUUUAACCUUAAUACCCACGCUGGCACGCAAUGUCAUACAACAUUGACUGAUGGAUCUCCUAGUUAGACCCGAGCAAAAGCGUUUCAAUAAGUGCCGUUAACGACAGCGUUACACCGUCCUGGCUCCAGUUUUCAAAUAUGGUGACAGAAAUAUUAAUGGCAUAUCUGACAUAACAUGUCGCUCUAAAACCCCAUUAUUAGGGAGUAGGCUAGUCACACAUUGUUACAUAAUGUUGCAUAUUGAGGCUAGUCACAUAUGGACAGCAUGUUGGUGAAGUAGUAUGUGCUAGUUAUGCAGUAAACGCUGCAAAGAAUGUCAUGCUGCCUUUUUCUCAAAGCUGGCGGCACUUCAGCUUAUUUUCGCCGCAUAUAGGAGUCACUCGAGCUUUCUGGUGGGAGUUACUUUAGUGGGCACUUUGGAGGGGUCUCAUUGUUGUGCGACUUUUGAUAUUCAUGAGCCUCGUCCAGAGUGGCCGUUCACAGCCGAGUCGGGACGGAGACAUCCCAUUAAGGCGCGGUCGUGUGCUGUGGCUCCUCAGCCUCUUUGGCAGCUUCGCACCGUUCUUUUCCACUGAAAAAAACGCUCGGUUUUUGCCUGCUUUGAGCUAAUAGAAAAGAAGUAUGGUGAAUGGGACACUGUCGAGCCAAAACAUCGUAUUUUAACGCACACGUUCAUGGGGGAAACAAAACAAACUAACUAAAUUUGAUAGCUAAUGAAGCUCAUUGCAGAUCAUGUAUAUGAUGCGUAGCAGACUACUCAAAAUGGACAUAAUUAACAUGUUUUGUCAGCUCAAAUCACAAAACUUUCGGCUCCAGAUAACUUUGAUCACUGCAUGUAACACUAGUCGGAAAGUUUAUCCUGACAGCUCAAGCCCACAGAGGUCAUACCAUGGAAGUCUCCGAAAAGCAUACACAAGCAAUCUCGGUAUGUUCAGAGACGCGGCUCACUGUAUGUAUGAAGCGACAUGCAAGGAACGUGUAAUCGUUUGUGGAUCGUACAAUGUGGAUCGAUGUGGAUCGUAGUCGUACCUCAUAAUGACUGGAGCUCCCCGUUAACUGUCGAAUGUCACCAGGCUUCUGGUGGACAUGGCUAUCACGUCAGCCUGUUGUUUACGUCGUACCUCAACGUGUCGAAGGCUGGAUCAGUAACGCAUUGCUCCUAUAUAAGGACUCAUCGUGCAUGAGUGGGCGCGAUGUAUGUUUGUUGUCAACUAUAGCCGGGGUUCAGUAGCUCGCUGGGUUCACUGGCUCGCCGGGAGUGGCUCGCUGGGUUCACUAAUUCGCCGGGUUCACUGGCUCGCUGGGUUAACUGGUUCGCCGGGAGUGGCUCGCUGGGUUCACUGGCUCGCUGUGUUCAGUGGCUCGCUGGGUUCGCUGGUUCGAUCUCCGUCCUCUAGCGCCGGCAAUGGGGAGAGUGCCGACACCAGGGGACUGGGUAUCGUUCAGAAAACCCGGCAGUUGUCGUACCUGCACGGAAUCCGUGCCGGUGGCAGUUCCGACAGGAACUCCGGUGUGUUUCAAAUGUAGUGCGGUACGUGUUUCCUACGGGAUUUGUACAUAGACGUCGUCGGCAAUGUUGCCGACUCGAAUACGUGCGCGAAAACGGGUGUGCUCGCAUUUAAUGGAUGCUAUAUUGCCGUUUGUGCAACGUGAGUUUGUAUCAAAUCUGGAAUGUUUAAGCCCUCUGUGUGUCUGUCGCGCAAAUGUAAGCGCAUAAUGUGCAUCUGUUGUCCCUUAUUCGUGGACUGAAGCUGUUCUUGGGUGACUUCACCGUAAAAAAGAAUAAAUAAUUGUAGUUACGA